AUGCACAGUCAAUCCAACAUCUAUCCCAAGAGAUCACUCUCCCAGACAUCAGCUACCUCGACCUCUUCUCGCAGUAGCCAGUUCUCUCAAGAGAAAAAGCACCCCAAACUGUCAAAUCCUCUCUCAAGGAUCUUCCGAUCCAAGUAUCCUGCACCGAUCGAUAUCCCUAAGAGCCGCCAAUACACAAUGUCCCAGCCUCAAGACAUCCCACAGAGUACUGAGAAAACUUCAUACUUCUCGGACCAAGACUACACUGCAUCCAGCCCCACCGAUACAUCUUCCAACAUGAGCUCGCCUCAAUCCCCAAAGGCGGACUUCGCUAAGCGUGCACCUACUCCCACCCGCAAGACCAGUGAUGACUACAAACGCUACAGUGGAACCAUCAACCACUACGGUCGUCACUCGAAUGACUGGCUAUUCGGUGGUUUCAGUGUUCGCGACACUGUCCGCGAUGGCCUCGAUAAGCUCCGCGGCCAGGACAAGGAGAGUUGA